AGCUAACUCCCUAGACCAGUGGUUCUCAACCUCGGUCCGAGGUACCCCCACAGCCCUGAUAGAUGAACUCAGGUUGGGGCUCACCCAGCUAUAGAGAGACCCAGACCUGGGAGAAAAUCCACAUGAAGAUGGAGUCAUUUAUCCUCUGGAGGGCUGUCCUUAUCUUCCUCAUGCUUCCCUCUUUCCAGGGUGCAGAGAGUCAGCCCCAGAGUGCAGUGUUCCUGCCAGAGUUCGCCCUCUCCCCUCAAGGCAGCUUCAUGGAGGAUGCUACAGAAGAUCAGUUCCUAACCUACAGAUACGACGACCAGGCAUCCAGGAUGACCCGCUCAGAUGAGGACAGGGACCUGGGCUGGGACGCCUGGGGCACCUGGAGCGAGUGCUCUCGCACCUGCGGAGGGGGAGCCUCCUACUCUCUGCGACGCUGUCUCAAUGGAGGAAGCUGUGUUGGCAAAAACAUCCGCUACAGAACCUGCAGCAACAUGGACUGCCCAGCAGAGUCCGGUGAUUUCCGGGCCCAGCAGUGUUCGGCCCACAAUGACAUCAAGUACCAGGGUGUCACCUACGAGUGGUUCCCAUCACCUUAUGACCCGUCAGCACCCUGUGCACUGCGCUGCCAAGCCAAAGGGAGAAGUCUCACUGUUGAACUGGCCCCCAAAGUGCUGGACGGGACACGAUGCCGGGCGGAUGCUUAUGACAUGUGCAUCAGCGGAGCGUGUCAGGAAGUGGGCUGUGAUCGCCAGCUGGCCAGUGGUGCCAGGGAGGAUAACUGCGGCGUCUGCGGCGGCGACGGCUCCACAUGCCGGCUGGUCCGAGGACAGGCCCUGCCCCACCUUACACCAGAACAAUCUAUCAAGACAGUGCUGGACAUGCCGAUAGGAAGCCGCUUUCUCAGACUCAAUGCCAAAGGACCUGAUAUUAUAGUUAUCGAAGCCGUCUCUCUUCAGGGGAGGAAGGAGGAGACCACUCUGGUGUCUAGCGGCUCCUAUGUGAUAGGAAACACCUCCCUGGACUUCCAAAGAGGGACAGACCGGCAGACACUCAAGACACACGGCCCACUCAACGCUGAUUACAUUAUCAAGAUGAAGUACGGAGGAUCCAAGGACACAGUUGUCCAGUUUCUCUUCUACCAGCCAAUCAGGUACCAGUGGAGAGAGACAGACUUCUUCCCCUGCUCGGUCAGCUGUGGAGGAGGCUACCAGCUGAACUCUGCAGAGUGCACAGACAUCCGAUCCAACCAGACCCUGCCUGAGCACCAUUGCAACAGCUAUCCUGAAAACACCAAACCCACACCAAAACUCAAGGAGUGCAACAUGGACCCCUGCCCAGAGAGUGACGGAUUCAAAGAGGUGAUGCCAUAUGACCACUUCCAACCUCUGCCUCGCUGGGAGCAGGGCCCCUGGACCCAGUGCUCGGUGUCCUGUGGCGGCGGCGGCUGGCAGGACCGCAGCGUGAUGUGUGUGGAGGAGGACACCCACGGACAGUUCUCCCAGGUGGAGGAGUGGAAGUGCACCCACUCCCCUCGACCCACCACCCGACAGACAUGUAACAUCUUCGCCUGCCCCCAGUGGGUGGCCAUGGACUGGUCUCAGUGCACGGUGACAUGUGGGCGUGGCCUGCGUUACCGGGUGGUGCUGUGCAUCGACCACCAAGGACAGCACAUCGGAGGCUGCGAAGCGUCACUCAAACCUCACGUCAAAGAAGACUGUCUGGUCCCUAUCGCCUGCCACAAGCCCCGAGAAUCUCUGCCGGUAGAGGCCAAGGUGCCCUGGUUAAAACAGGCCCACGAACUGGAGGAGCAGCAUACUGCUACAGAGGAGCCCACGUAA